GUCCAGAUCCCACUUUUCCCAAGAACACAGACCGCCGGCUUAAGGUAUGAGGUCCGCUGCCCUGGCGCGGCUGAAUGGGCUCUUCGCGGUCUAUAAGCCCCCGGGGUUAAAAUGGAAGCACCUGCGGGAUACCAUAGAGCUGCAACUUCUGAAGGGUCUCAAUGCUAAGAAACCUCCGGCCCCUGAACAGCGUGUUCGAUUCUUACUGGGCCCCAUAGAAGGCAGUGAAGAGAAGGAGCUGACACUCACAGCCACCAGUGUGCCCACCCUCACCAGCCAUCCACUGGUACGUGGACCAGCAUUCACCAGUCUGAAGGUUGGUGUGGGACACCGUCUGGAUGCCCAGGCUUCCGGGGUGCUUGUGUUCGGCGUGGGACGGGGAUGCGGUCUCCUCACCAGCAUGUACGAAGCUCAUCUCACCAAGGAUUAUACAGUGCGUGGCCUCCUGGGCAAAGCCACGGAUGACUUCUGUGAGGAUGGGCGGCUGGUGGAGAAGACCACAUAUGGUGAGAUCCCAGGGAAGCUGCCACUGCCUCCCUCCAGGUUUGGUUUGGAGCAGGUGGUCAGCCCAGCCCUGGCAAGACUGCAGUUCCUGCUGAUCUGCAGGUACUCCAACCUGGACCUGAAGACCCAGGAAGCCUAUGAGAUGGCCGUAAGAGGCUUGAUCCGGCCCAUGAACAAGUCCCCUAUGCUGAUAACUGGCAUCCGAUGCCUUCACUUUGCACCUCCAGAAUUCCUCCUAGUCUCCUGUCAGCCCCUGACUAACUCCAUCAUUUAA